CAUUCGCGCACAACAAAACAGUCGGCAAUUGGUGACCGUAAAGAACGAAUGUCUACGAUUAAGUUGUGCUUUCAUUAAUACCGCGUUUGAGAUAUCCGACUCGAGAGCUUGAUUUGGAAAAAAGCGAACGCAAAGCGAAAUAAAAAUAGAUAGAGAGACCAAUUUAUCUACUCACAGAGCAUCGUCCGCUUGAUUAAUUGAACGGAUUGGAACUAUCGUAGUGCGGACACUCGCCUUUGUGCGUCAUGCGUCAUCCGUCAUCCGCUGAUAAGCGUCGCUUCCAUUGACCAACACUUUCGUUUAUCAGUAGCGCGUAUUUUCAAAUAAUAAAAGCAAAAGCGGCAAAGCAACAACAAACGCUUCGUAUCAAUCCGUAUAAUGUUGGUCAGUGUCACGCUGUGUGGGACCAAACGUGGCGAGGCGAGCCCCUUUUUGUUCGUCAGCAAUCACACUUAAAUAGCUUGCUUACUGAUAAAAAAAAAACACAAAAACAAAAAACUCACAACCAACAAACAGACUUCCAGCUCGCAUCUUGCCUUCGCAGCGCUCAGUUUUAAGUUGCCCGCCACGCGUUCGACAACAACAUGUCACGCUUCAGAAGUUUUGUACUCAUAUUCGCGUUACUCGGCGUCUGCUUGAAUAGCAAAGCCCAGGAGGAGAGUACUUGGUCAUUGAGUUUUGGUGAUAUCUCGUUGUUCAAUCUGCCGCAGCUCGGACGCUCGUUCGUUGAAGCGGUUGGUGUGGUCACUGAGAAUCCUUUAAACAUAGUGGAUAUUUUGAAACGUGGUUCGGGUGCGAAUACAAACAUUCCAGAGGAUGCACAUCUGAAAACGCCGGAAUUAAUAAAGAAGUAUGGGUACCCUGCUGAAAUCCAUCACGUGAUCACCGAUGACGGUUACAUUUUGGAGCUCCAUCGAAUUGCUCGCGCAGGCGCUACGCCAAUUUUGCUAAUGCACGGUUUAUUAGACUCGUCGGCGACAUGGGUUAUGAUGGGACCCGAUAAGGGACUUGCAUAUCUUCUUUACGAUUCCGGCUACGAUGUAUGGAUGCCAAAUGUGAGGGGCAAUACGUACUCACGCAAUCAUACCAAGUACAGCACGAAGCAUGCUAAAUUCUGGGAUUACACAUUUCAUGAGAUGGGAAAAUAUGAUCUGCCCGCAAGCAUUGAUUAUAUUUUGGUACAAACGGAACAUGAUCAAUUACAUUAUAUAGGUCACUCACAGGGCACCACGACCUUUUGGAUAAUGUGCAGUGAACAUCCUGAGUACAGUGAGAAAAUCAUUUUGAUGCAAGCAUUGGCUCCAGUAGCGUAUGUUAAUCAUAGCAGGAGUCCGGUGGUCCAGUUUUUGGCUUUCUUCCAGGAUCCCCUCAGUGUACUCUUAAGGCUGAUUGGCGCGCAUGAGUUUCUGCCUGAUAACGAGUUCAUGACAAUGUUCAGUCAGAUGAUCUGCGAUGAGGACAAUUGGACGUUGGAGAUUUGUUCCGAUGUGUUAUUUUUGAUUGUUGGUUUCGAUAAAGCACAGGCCAAUGAGACAAUGCUGCCAGUCGUCCUUGGCCACUCGCCUGCUGGCGCUUCUACCAAGCAAAUGCAACACUACGGUCAAUUAAGACAGUCGGGACACUUCCGUCAAUUCGAUCACGGUUGGAUACGAAAUUACUGGAUAUACAACAAUAUAUCACCACCGGAGUAUAACCUUGCGAAUGUCGGCAGCAAGGUGGCGCUUCACUAUUCCCAAAACGAUUGGCUGGCCACGCCAAUCGAUGUAGAACACCUGCAUCUUCAGCUGCCGAAUGUAGUCGGCAAAUUUUUGGUAAGCUACCCAGACUUCAAUCAUUUGGACUUUGUUUGGGGUGUCGAUGCACGGGAGCUGCUUUAUGAUCGCGUCUUGCGACUAAUGAGCUUAGUUGAACGUGGAGAACUUUAAAAUACAUUAUUAUAAAUGAGUAUGUAAAGUUGUAGAAAACUGUGAACUCAAGCGGAAUUGAGUAGUUGCAAGUACCUAAAGUUUAUAAGUAUAGAAUAUCGUCUAUACAGGUAUUAUAGUUAGUGUAUAGUGUAAAAUGUGUUUGUUAAAUUUGAAAAUAUUAAUAAAUUUAUUAUCAAAGAA